AUGUAUUCAAUUUGUUUUCAGUGGCAUUGGUAGUUCCAAGUAAACUUAUACAAAAAAAUUGUUUAAAAAAAUUAUAUAAUCCAGUUACGGUUCUCAUAAUAAAAAAUAUAUAUAAAUAUAUUUUAUAAACUGAAAAUGUGAAAAAUUUAAUAGUUUGUCAAUAGGUAGAAACUUUGCACGGAGGAAUUUGUCAGAGAAAAACAUUUAAUAUUCUUUACAAAAAAUUCAGAAUCAAGCAUUAUAAUUAUUAAAUAUUAUAAUAAUAAUAAAAUAUGGCUAGUGUAAUUCUAAUAGCUUGUCUUGCUAUAUUGGGUUUAAUCAUAGCAAUUUCUCUUUUUUUGGCUGGAGGAUAUUUGUGGUGGAGGCACAAAAGAUCCCAAUUGCAGUUUAUUGAGCCAAAUGAAGAUGAGGAGUCAAGUAGUUACAGUCUUAGAGCUGCACAGGAUAUCACUGACACCGGAAAUCCACCAAUAAAACCACAAAUUCCGAUGACUCCGGCUUCUACAAAUCAGCUUCAAAACAACAUCAACAAAAAGUUAAAUGGAUUUUUAAGCCUAAGAACACCUUUAAUUGGCAGCUCAACGGCGCAACCCUCAAAGCCACUAAAUAUGUCUCAUGCUGGAAAUUUAAGUGAUAGCACAACAAAAGAUGCGACAAAUAAGAGUAUCUCUAUGACGGAUAUGUAUCUUGAUAGCACGGAUUCGAGUGAAAAUGUUGGACAAAUACACUUUUCUUUGGAAUAUGAUUUUCAAAAUACAACUUUAAUAUUAAAAGUCCUACAAGGAAAAGAACUUCCAGCUAAAGAUCUAAGUGGAACUUCCGAUCCUUACGUUAGAGUCACUUUACUGCCAGAUAAAAAGCAUAGAUUGGAAACCAAAAUUAAACGAAGAACCUUAAAUCCACGUUGGAAUGAAACAUUUUAUUUUGAAGGAUUUCCUAUACAAAAACUGCAAUCUCGUGUUUUGCACCUGCAUGUUUUUGACUACGAUCGGUUCUCAAGAGAUGACUCCAUAGGAGAAGUGUUCUUACCCCUCUGCCAGGUCGAUUUUGCCGGUAAGCAGUCAUUUUGGAAAGCCCUAAAGCCCCCUGCAAAGGAUAAAUGUGGAGAACUUCUUUCAUCACUUUGUUAUCAUCCUUCUAAUUCUAUUUUGACUCUGACGUUGAUUAAAGCCAGAAACCUCAAGGCUAAGGAUAUUAAUGGAAAAUCUGAUCCUUACGUAAAAGUGUGGCUUCAAUUCGGAGACAAAAAAGUGGAAAAGAGAAAAACGCCUAUAUUCACAUGUACAUUAAAUCCAGUGUUUAAUGAAUCAUUUAGUUUUAACGUUCCAUGGGAAAAAAUAAGAGAAUGCUCUUUAGACGUUAUGGUAAUGGACUUCGACAACAUUGGUAGAAACGAAUUAAUAGGUCGAAUCUUGUUAGCUGGUAAAAAUGGAUCUGGAGCUUCAGAAACAAAACACUGGCAGGACAUGAUCUCGAAACCUAGACAAACUGUAGUACAAUGGCAUCGCUUAAAACCUGAGUAACUUUUAAUGUCGUAAAAAAAAACUUUUAUUAUAAAGUGUAAAUGUAUUAAAAUGUAUUGAUUUAUACUUUAAUACAAAGCAUUUUAAAUCAACGGAUUAUAAAUGAAACUUGCACAAAAUAAAAUGAGUAAGCAAACCAACUAUUGGUGUACAUUUUAAUAGAUUAAUGGUUCUGAACAGAGCAAAAGUUUUAUACGGACUUAUAUUUAGAAUAUUAUGUAGUAAGCCGUUAAGAUUCUUUGGAUUGUAUUAGAAAUAGAUGUUCCAAAGAAAUUCUUGGAAAUUGUUAAAAACAGCUUGAUAAGCUUUGUUAAAAAAAAUUAUCCAUUUCCUUUUAAAAUUGGCCAUAAAACAUUUCUAAGACAAAAUACUAUAGAUUUAAAACAAAAAAGACCAUUCUAGAUCGAAGUCGAAAUAUAUGAACUGAAGUUAAUAAAAAUCAGAUUUAAAUAAUGUCUCAAAAAAUUAUAUUUAUUGCCGAAUUAAUACAAAUAUUUUGAAAGAAUAUUAUAACAUUAGAAUGUUAUAUAAAACUGUAUAUAAAAUGGUUAAAUUGUUGACAUUGUUAGAGAUAACAUUAUACCUUAAAUUCGUUAAAGUUAUUGAACUUAACAGUUGUUUAUUUACAGAAUAAAAAUAAUUUAAACAUAAACGCAUUAUUGCAGUAUAAAAGCAUAUAAAUGAAAAGAUUUCAUUACCACAUUUAAAAAUUUUACCAAACACUAUGAAAAUUAGCCAACCAUUGCCGGAAUAAACGUUAACUACGAAAACUUGAAAAAAUAUGAAAAAUAAAAAUGGAAACUAAAGAAACAACAUUAGUUAAAGAAGGAAUAAAUAUAUUUAUAUAAUCAAUACAUGGAAACUGAGUUUAAAAAACGAAAAAUCGAAAAUACAGCCCACCUUGAUAUUACAUAUUUGUUAUAUACCUGUUAAAAUAUUAAUAAAAUAAUUUAUUGACAUUCGUAGCUGCAAAUAAAAUAUUUUGAAAUGAUU